AUGGCAUGGCAUCGACAAACGCUUCGUCCUAACAUAUUGCUCGACAAACUUCUUAAACAAUCACUACCCAAUUUCAAAGACCUCACCUCUCCUCUCAAAGUAGCCGGCAUUCGUCCUAAUAAUCCCCGACAUUAUCACCAAACUUUAGAAAGUUUCCUGCAACGAACCCAUGUGUCCGACAUUCGAGCAGCACAGGGACAAGGAACGAAUCUCGAAACGUUGAGUACAAUAUUAUGGAUUUGGCACCGGCAGCGAAUAACGGAACUGUUGGGAGUAUUAUUGGCUAAGAAAU